AUGAAUAGUAUAAAUAAUAAUAAUAAUAAUAGCAACAAUUGUGGUGGUGGAUCACCAAAUUCAAUUGGAUCACCAAGUAGUGGUGGUACCACAGGAAAGCAAGGUCCACUCGAGAUCAGCCAAGAUCCAUGGUCAUUGUUCACUCCGGUCACCCAAGGUGAAGUAGACGAAAUUCAACAAAAGAUCGAAGAGAAACUAUUGAAACAAUUAAAUAGACAAGUAAAUCCAUCCAAAAAAUUCAAUUUAAGUGAUGUAGCACCAUUCUUGACAGACGGUGUCGAAGUAUUGGUCGAAGAUGAGUUUACCAAGUGUUUUACAAGUCCAGAGACAAAUGCAUGGAAUUGGAACUUCUAUCUCUAUCCUGCAUGGCUAUUAGGUGCCUUCAUUAGAUACGGUAUCUUAUUCCCACUUAGACUUACAUGUUUAUUAUCUGGUGCAUUUACAUUUGCUGUACUAUUUUUCGUUGUAUCAACAUUUGUAAAGAAUGAUAAAACAAAAAAACAUUAUCAGAGAAAAUUAUUACGUUUCUUAUGUAUUAUAUUCAUUAUGUCAUGGUCAGGUGUAAUUAAAUAUCAUGGUGUGAAACCAUUGAGAAAGAAGAAUCAGGUGUUUGUUGCCAAUCAUACAACUGUAAUGGAUGUCGUAGUACUACAGAAUCAAUUCAAUUGCGCAUCGGUUGGUCAGAAACACAAGGGAUUACUAGGUUUCAUUCAAGAUUACUUAUUAAGCUGUAUCGGUUGUCUCUGGUUCGACAGAGCAGAAGCUAAAGACAGAGCUUUAAUCGCUCAACAAAUUUCAAAACAUAUUGGCAAUGAGAAUAAUGAUCCAUUACUUAUCUUCCCAGAGGGUGUUUGUGUGAAUAACAACUACUGUGUCAUGUUCAAGAAAGGUGCAUUCGAUCUUCCAAAUGUUAUUAUUCAACCAAUUGCAAUUAAAUACAAUACAUUGUUUGUUGAUGCAUUCUGGAAUUCAAAGAAACAAUCAUUCGUUAGACAUAUGUUCAAUAUGAUGACAUCGUGGGCAUGUGUUUGUGAUGUCUGGUAUUUAGAGGCACAGACCAAGCAGGCCAAUGAAACAUCGGCACAGUUUGCCAAUCGUGUCAAGGCGAUGAUUGCCAAGCGUGCAGGUAUCACCAACGUACCAUGGGACGGAUAUCUCAAGUACUUCAAACCAAGCUCUAGAUUCGCCGAGCACAAACAACGUAUAUUCGCAUCGAGAUUCGCUCGUAGAUUCAACGGUGAAGAUCCAAACAGUCCACUGGUCUCUGCCAACCUCAGCAAGAUCUCUUCGUCCGACGAUCUCGCCUCUGCCAACAACGAAAACAGUAAAUCUCCAGACGAACUCGCCGGUAUCAAACAAAGAAAAGCAUCAUCAACAUCAACCGAUUGA